AUCACCACCCUUCCCGCCUUGCCCGACGACGGCGGCCGCGGCAGCGGUGGCCCCUUCCCGCCCGGACACUUUAAGGAGCCCAAGCGGCUGUACUGCAAAAACGGAGGCUUCUUCCUGAGGAUCAACCCUGACGGCCGAGUGGACGGAGUCCGGGAGAAGAGUGACCCCCACAUCAAGUUAAUACUUCAAGCUGAAGAGAGAGGCAUAGUGUCGAUCAAAGGUGUACGUGCAAACCGUUUCCUUGCUAUGAAUGAAGAUGGGCGAUUGUUAGCACUGAAAUAUGUAACAGAUGAAUGCUUCUUCUUUGAACGCUUGGAAUCUAAUAACUAUAAUACAUAUCGGUCUCGUAAAUAUUGUGAUUGGUACAUUGCACUGAAACGAACUGGUCAGUACAAACCUGGACCAAAAACUGGACGAGGACAGAAAGCUAUUCUUUUCCUUCCAAUGUCUGCCAAGAGUUGACUUGAGUGGCAGAGUUUAUAAAAUAUUGUGCAACAGCAAUAGAUGUUCCCCUCUCCAUAAGACAAAUUUAUGUGACCUAACAUUUUCCAGUCAACUGCAUUUGCUGAUUGAUUUCAGAUUAUUACUGUGUAGAACUGUGUAUAUUUUAACAUUGAAAAUUCCUGGAACCAUUUUCAUUCUCCAGACAUAUAAGUGUGUUUGUGUGUGCAUGUUUAUGUGAAUGUGGCAUUAAGACAUAGUUCCAUUUAAAUAUUUCAGUUUAAGUUAAGUAUUU